AUGAAUUUAAAUAUGGGGAUUCUGAGCCAAUCAAUCUUUCACCUCCUCUGGGCUGCUUUGGUCGUUUGUCAGUAUGAAGAUUAUGAUUUUGAGGAUGAGUACGACGAGCCAGACCAUCAAACUCCGUAUUAUUUGAACCCGAACACGCAAGCUGAAGUUCCUCCCUUUCCUUUCCCAGCCGAGUGUGCCAGGGAAUGUUUCUGCCCCCCAGCCUUCCCCUUGUCCAUGUACUGUGACCAUCGGAGGCUGAAGGCGAUACCAAAUAUCCCCAGUCACGCCCAACAACUCUACCUGCAGAACAAUGACAUCGAAGCUGUGCCUGCAGCACCCUUCACCAACGUCACCUUUGUGAGGGAAAUCGACCUCAGCUACAACAAAAUUAAAAUCCAUAUGAUUGACCCGGGGGUUUUUGCCAAACUCUCAAGCUUGGUGCAACUUCAUUUGCAACACAACGAAUUAGAAGAGUUUCCAGUCCCGCUGCCCAGCUCUCUGGAGAGACUCCUCCUUGGCUUCAAUAAGAUCUCCCGGAUACCUGGGGAUGCCCUGGAAGGAUUACCCAACAUCACCAUGCUGGACCUCUGCAGUAACUUACUUGAUGACUCGGUGCUCAAAGACAGACCCUUUUCCAACAUGAAAAAUCUGAUGCAGCUCAACUUAUGCAACAACAAGUUACAGACUAUGCCUCCUGAUCUACCGUCAUCGCUGAUGCACCUCUCUCUUGAAAAUAACUCCAUCUCUCAUAUUCCAGAAAACUACUUCCACAGACUCCCCAGAAUCAUUGCUCUGAGAAUGUCCCACAAUAACCUGCAGAACAUCCCGCACAACACCUUUAACCUGCCCAACCUCCUGGAACUUAACCUGGGGCACAACAAAUUGAAACAAGUAUUCUACAUUCCAAGAAGUCUGCAGCACCUGUAUAUUGAAGGCAACGAAAUUGAAAACAUAAAUGUUACUUUGAUGUGCCCAACCCUGGACCCACUGAACAUCCACCAGCUGACCUACAUCCGCGUGGACCAGAACAAGCUGACGAGCCCCAUCAGCAGCUACGCCUUCUUCUGCUUCCCCCUCGUCAGAACCAUCUACUAUGGAGAACAAAAUGUGACUGUCAGCAAGCCAACCCGGCUCAGGACACCCGUGUUCCGGCGGUUCUUGACACCAGAGGAAUACCAGGAAGCAGAAGACAAUCAUGAGACGCACAAUCAAGACACCGAGGAAGAUCAGGAAGCAGAAGACAACUACUUCCAUGCUUACUUUCACUGA